CUUGAUUAGGGGAAAUUAGAAGGUCAAAAAAAAUUAGCGUUUUGUGCCAUAAAAGUGCGUAUAUUCUGUGACAAAAUGGCUAAAUGGGGAGAGGGCGAUCCCAGAUGGAUCGUUGAGGAAAGAGAAGACGCUAAAAAUGUGAAUAAUUGGCAUUGGACUGAGAAGAAUGCAACACCAUGGUCAAAAGAGCGUCUCAAAGAACUAUUUACAAAAAUGAAAAUGAAAUUCGAAGGAGGUGAAUGUGAAAUAACUGAGGUCACUAAAUUAGAAGGAGAGGCAACUGCAAACAAUCGUAAAGCCAAAUUAAUUUUCUUUUAUGAGUGGGAACUGUCAAUGGAUUGGAAUGGAUCCUUGACUGAUGGUGAUGAUUUUAUUAAAGGAAAAAUAAAAAUUCCUAAUCUAAGCGAAGAAAAUGAACCAGAUGACAUCACGAUUGAAAUUAGCACAAACAAAGAUACUGAAGAAACAUAUAAAUUAAAACAGUUAUUGAUAAAACAUGGCACCCCCAUGAUAAGAGAUAAAGUUGCAAGAUAUAUCAAGGAACUAAGAGAAGAGUUCAGUCAAGGUUUGGUCUUGCCAACAAAAACAACAUCUAACAAAGUUCAAACUAAUGCUAAUCUAGAUAUAAGCAAGGAAUUUAAAAAGGCACAGAUAAAUGAUGCCAAAGUAAAAACAAAAGAUCAUAAGCCUGUGGGUUGCAAGAUUGAAACUUCAAAGUUCACAUCAACUGAAGAAUUUCUAACUUCUGUAAACGAGAUGUACCAUAUAUUGACUAACGAAGAGAGAAUCAGAGCAUUCGCUAGAUCUGAUGUUAAAAUUGAAGCAUUCAAAGGGGGUAGUUUUGUUCUUUUUGGUGGAACUAUUAAUGGCAAAUUUCUUGAACUGAUACUGAAUAAAAAGAUAUCAAUGCUUUGGAGAUUUAAUACUUGGCCACCAGAGCAUUAUUCAACCGUUACAAUAGAGUUAAACCAAAAAGAUGACAGAACAGAGCUGAGAUUUUCACAAACUGGAAUUCCCUCCUCAGACUUUGAGAGAACAAAAAACGGAUGGAAUCAAUACUAUUGGUCAAGCAUAAAACAGACUUUUGGCAUUGGCAUGAAAUACUUCUAAACUUCGCACCACACUUUUAAAACUUUUGUAAUUUCUUUGUUGAACUAAUUUUGUUAUAUUGUGCAC